GGUGGGUCCGCGGUCAGCUCAGAUGCCUCGUCCAAUGGCCGGGUGCAGGGCGGCCGACCGCGCAAGAUCCUCCUCCUAUUGGUAGUCUAUCGUACUACGUCUUCUCGCGGCCGGGACCUAGCCCUCACACAACGUGACGAGACUGGCUUGGGACCUGCAGCUGGCUCUUGUCCACCGGAGCGCGGUGGCUGCACUGGGGCCUGCACAGCUUGUGGAGAGGGAUCCAGCAGCAGCCUUUUGGAAACUUAAGAGCCUGGAAGCUGUUACACACCAGUUCAAGAAAGGAACUUCAUUCUGCUGUGAAGCCACCAGGCCAGAGGUUAGAGUGCCCAAUGGCUUCAAAAUCCCAGCCCAGCGCUCCCAAAAUUGGGAACCCAGGAAGCAUCACCAACGGCAAGGCUGAACCUCAAGGACAGUGGGGCCGUGCCUGGGAAGUGGACUGGUUCUCCCUGGCCAGCGUCAUCUUCCUGCUGCUCUUCGCACCCCUCAUUGUGUACUACUUCAUCAUGGCAUGUGACCAGUACAGCUGCUCUCUGACCACCCCUGCACUGAACAUAAUCACUGGUCGUGUCAGUUUCGCAGACAUCUGGGCCAAGACCCCACCCAUGACAAUGAAGGCUGUCCAGAUCUACACUUUGUGGGUCACUUUCCAGGUGCUUCUGUACAUGUUGCUUCCUGACUUCUGCCACAAAUUUGUGCCACGCUACGUGGGAGGAGUUCAGGAGGGAGCAGUGACACCUGCAGGAGUUGUCAACAAGUAUCAGGUCAAUGGCCUACAAGCCUGGCUCAUUACACAUCUCCUCUGGUUUGCUAACUCCCGCUUCCUGUUCUGGUUCUCGCCCACCAUCAUCUUUGACAAUUGGAUCCCGCUGCUGUGGUGUGCCAACAUCCUUGGCUAUGCUGUGUCCACGUUUGUCAUGAUCAAGGGCUAUCUUUUCCCGACCAAUGCCAAAGACUGUAAAUUCACAGGCAACUUCUUCUACAACUACAUGAUGGGCAUUGAGUUUAACCCUCGGAUUGGAAAGUGGUUUGACUUCAAGCUGUUCUUCAAUGGGCGCCCUGGGAUUGUGGCAUGGACCCUCAUCAACCUGUCCUUUGCAGCGAAGCAGCAGGAGUUGUAUGGUCAGGUGACCAACUCCAUGGUCCUGGUCAAUGUCCUGCAGGCCAUCUAUGUGCUGGACUUCUUCUGGAACGAAACCUGGUACCUGAAAACCAUUGACAUCUGCCAUGACCACUUCGGCUGGUACCUGGGCUGGGGCGACUGUGUGUGGCUGCCCUUUCUGUACACAUUGCAGGGCCUAUACCUGGUGUACCACCCUGUGCAGCUCUCCACCCCAUACGCCAUGGGUAUCCUGGGGCUCGGCCUGCUGGGUUACUACAUCUUCCGCAUAACCAACCAUCAGAAGGACCUGUUCCGUAGGACGGAUGGGCGCUGCCUCAUCUGGGGCCAGAAACCCAAGGCCAUCGAGUGCUCGUACACAUCAGCCGAUGGCCAGAAGCAUCAUAGUAAGCUACUGGUGUCGGGCUUCUGGGGUGUGGCCCGCCACUUCAACUACACGGGCGACCUGAUGGGCAGCCUGGCCUACUGCCUGGCCUGUGGUGGUAGCCACCUCCUGCCCUACUUCUAUAUCAUCUACAUGGCCAUCCUGCUGAUUCACCGCUGUCUACGCGACGAGCACCGCUGUGCCAGCAAGUACGGCCGGGACUGGGCACGCUACACCGCCGCUGUGCCCUAUCGCCUGCUGCCUGGCAUCUUCUAAGAGACUGUCCCUCGGCAGCUCCAGGGUUGCAGACUGUGAAAAAGCUCGCAGAGCUGGUCAGCGGGAGGUGGUAAUCCCAGCUGAGCCCUCCAUAGCCUGGCACUUGGCAGGGGUCAGUUGAUAUUAGUGCUCUUUGCCAUCUGCUGUCCUCAAGGGAAUUCUGACUUCACACCAGCUGCCUUCCCACCAGCAGAAAGGAUUGGUUUUCUCUAUCAGUAGCCUGAGGGCAGGAAGGUGACCUGGUCACCUGGAGCAGCCCUCUCCUAACAGUUUCUUUGUAUCAGGAGUCCAGGGUAUUGCACUAUCCAGACAGGAACAUCUGCUCACCCAGCCGCCUUCAGACUCCCUGUGGUUAGGAUCUAUUGUUUAAAUAAAAGCAAAAGUGGAAUCUACAAGAUGUGCAAGUUGUCCAGAUUUGCCCAUUGGCAUCUGCCCCUCCCCGGUGGGCCGGGCUCUUGGCACGGUGCUCCUUUGAAGGGCAUACUUUGUGAAUUAGCAGAGGGUGCCGAGGGACAUUUGAGGAGGAAGGGGCUUCUGAUUGUUUCUUUCUUGCUCCUCCUGCACAGCUGGCUGCCGGGCUGUGGCAUGGGACAUCUGAGGGCAAUGCCCAAUAUGCAGGCCCUGGGUGGCCCAGCAUGGCCCUUCUGACACAGACACUGGGCUCCCAGGGCCCAGCUCCCUGUGAGUGCUGUUCAGUGCCUCAGCCACGUGCCUUCUGGAAGGUGCCACUAUCUGUACAAGGCACAGAGUCUAGUGCAGAUGGCUCAGAGGACGUCACCCUGCAGGGGCCUUGGCCAAACCUUCUCCAGCAAAGAGUCCCCUGCUUGGGCUAGUGGUCCCUUUUCAAGUUUUUUUUUUUUUUUUUUUAAUCAAGGAGGUACCCUCAACCUCGGGAAACUUUGUGAAAUUCUUUGGAUACAAUUCCCUUGCAUAGUUGAUAAUUCUUUGUAUUAAAUGUUUCCUUCUCAAAUAAAUGGUGGUGUGGUUUCAA